CGCUUAAAAUAUAUGAACUGCUAAUUCAGGCUCAUAAAAUUCAUUAACAAUGUUACCUGUUUCCAUGCCAUGUUAAGAGUGGGACCUCUCAAGAGCUAGAGACCGACCUUACCCAUGCUUCUUUGCACUUGGCCUCUUGCAUUCUAUUCUGCUCCUAACUCCUGUCUCUCCUCCAAUACUAACAGUUAAAACAAUUAUCUUCUAUUCUCCAUCCACCUCUCUAAACUACUUAACAAAUCUCCACCUAUUUUUUCAAGUAAAGAAAAAAUCACGGAAAUCACCAAGUUUCAAUCUUUUUUCCAUUUUUAUUGCACCACUUUCCUUUAGAAAGAUGUUGCAGGAUUGGUUUAACUGAUUCUAAAAAAGAAAGAAUGUCGAGGUGUUUUAGCUUCACAGAAGCUAAAAAUAGGUGCUACAUAUCAACAUUCACUAAAGUAGGACUUCAAUCCACCACAACAGAUCUCAAAGACGGCACCGUAAUUCACUGUUGGGUACCCAAAUCACCGACUCAAUCAAAACCCAAUCUUCUCUUAAUCCACGGCUUAGGAGCCAACGCAAUGUGGCAGUGGAAUGAUGUCAUCCGCCGCUUCACUCCUUACUUCAAUGUCUAUAUACCUGAUUUGGUUUUUUUUGGCGACUCAUACACGACUCGGCUGGAUCGAACCGAGUCGUUUCAAGCUGAGUGUGUGAUGCGAGUGAUGGAGGCUAACUUGGUUGGGAAGCUGAGUUUGGUUGGGCUUAGUUAUGGUGGGUUUGUUGGGUACAGUAUAGCUGCGGAGUAUAAGGAAGUUGUUGAAAGAGUGGUGAUUUGUUGUUCAGGUAUUUGUAUGGAAGAGAAGGAUUUGAGAGAAGGGGUUUUUACGGUGUCGGAUUUGGAAGAAGCUGCUAGUAUUUUGGUGCCCCUUAAACCAGACAAGUUAAGGCAAUUGGUUGGUUUUACUUUCUACAAGCCUCCUCCUCUUGGUUUGAUCCCUGAUUGCUUCCUAAUUGAUUUCAUAGAUGCAAUGUGUAGAGACUAUGUAACACAGAAGAAAGAGUUGAUUAGAGCUAUUCCUAAAGACAGAAAGCUUUCUAAUGUUCCCAAGAUUACCCAGCCAACAUUGAUAAUCUGGGGAGAGCAUGAUCGAAUUUUCCCAGUGGAACUAGGUUACAGAUUAAAAAGGCAUUUGGGGGAUAAUGCCCAUCUGGCAGUCAUCAAUAAUGCAGGGCAUGCCAUCAAUAUGGAGAAUAAAAAGGAGUAUAUCAAGCUCCUGAAGUCAUUUCUGGUUGAUUUGCAACUUCCUGCGGAGACAACCCAUCUUAAGAUUUACAGGACAACGGAUGAUUUAACUGCAAGAUAAUAAUGCUAAAGUGACAGGCUCCUGAAUGAUUUAACAGGUGAUAGAUGGUUUAAGGCGAUAAUUUUCAUACUUCUGUUACAGAAGACAGAUCCAUAACAAGAAACACAACACGGCACUUUUUGGCGAUCAAGACUAACUCUCAUCACAUUCAGAGGCAUAUGUUCCAGUGAUUAGAUCAUCAGCUACAGGUUUUGGUUGGGCAUUUCCGUGGCCUAAUCAUAAGAUACUGACACUUUCCACAAGUAGAUUUUCGAUGUAUUUAUAUUUCGGAAAUAAAUUGGCCGUUUAAUAAUGUAUUAGAACAUAAUAUUGCACUAUCA